AAGGCGAUAAAGCAAGACUGUGCGACUUCGAGAUUGUAGCUCUUCCGCUGGUACAGCGUCCGAUUGCCGACGAUCUGCUCUCACCUGCGGCUUAACAAUGAUCAUCUCCGAGAAGAAUCGCCGCGAGAUCUCCAAGUACCUUUUCCAAGAGGGAGUCUGCUUUGCGAAGAAGGAUUUCAAUCUGGCGAAGCAUCCAGAGAUCGACGUCCCAAAUCUGCAGGUGAUAAAGCUUAUGCAGAGCUUCAAAUCCAAGGAGUAUGUCCGUGAGACUUUCGCCUGGAUGCAUUAUUACUGGUACCUCACCAAUGAAGGCAUCGAGUUUUUGCGAACAUACCUCAACCUGCCUUCGGAGAUCGUCCCUGCUACCUUGAAAAAGCAGGCUAGGCCCGCCGGCAGACCCUUUGGCGGCCCACCUGGUGACCGCCCACGUGGCCCGGGACGUUUUGAUGGGGAGAGGAGGUUCGGUGGUGAUAGGGAUGGUUAUCGUGCUGGACCAAGGGCUCCUGGUGGCGAUUUUGGUGACAAGGGCGGAGCUCCGGCGGACUACAAACCUACCUAUGGGGGCGGCUCUUCUGGUCCAAGGACAGGAUUUGGCCGUGGUGCUGGAGGCUACGGUGGUGGUGCUGGUGCUAGCUCAAAUCUUCCUUGAAGUGAUUUAUCUUGAGAGACGGACAGGUUUUGUUUCAGAGUUGCCAAUAUGUGAUGGAAUGCGUGUUUUUUUUUUGUUUCAAUUUUCAGAGGCUAUUCCUGCGUAGUUGGUAGUCCUAGAUUAAGGAUAGAUGCAGAAUGUUUGUGGCAAUCAAAGUUCAUGAUUAUUGUUUGCUUAUAAUUGAUGAAGGUUCAACAAGACACCCCCUUCUCUUUCUUUGUUAUAGUAAAAAAAUCUUGCUGAACAGUUCUUCUAUGAUCAUCUUGUAUUGUUGCAGAUAUCCAGUAAUAGUAAUCUCCCCCCCUCCCUUAGUGU